GGUUCCGAGAAGUGGGGAUCACGCGUCCAUUGCGGGACCUGUAUUUACGGGAACCGCCGACCACAUGCAGCGAUUCAUGAGGCUGCAGAAUGCAUUCGGGUAUGCAGUAUGCUGGAUUUUGAAAAUUAGCGACAUAGGGUCAGCGAAGUGUGGUAGGGUUUUGCUGUAAUUACUUUCGCAUCGCAACCACAAGAGGAAUCGCAUUCGUGAAUGACAAUUCGUAUGUUGGUGAAUGCAAUGGUGGCGAGGAGCGGCAGCCUGAGGACAGCGCCUGACAUUGGUGUAGAGAGUACUCAGCAUUGCUUAGGUGUGGUGAAGGAGAAAAAUCGAUUUGCAUUGAAGGAGGGUGUGAAUGUUGCAGUCCCCAAGUACAGAGGUGUUCGUCAACGCCAAUGGGGGAAGUGGGUUUCCGAGAUUAGAGAACCGAAGAAGAGGUCGCGGAUCUGGUUGGGGUCUUUUCCUACAGCCGAGAUGGCAGCCCGAGCUUACGACGCAGCCGUGGUGUGCUUGAGAGGGCCAACGGCGUCAUUGAAUUUUCCUGACUCGCCUCCUCAUGGGCUUCCCGCAUGUCAGUCGCCACACGACGUGCAAAUCGCAGCAGCUGCGGCUGCUGCGGAGCUAUCCUCGCCGUUGUCUCUGCCAAAUCCGCCUGUUGCACUACCCCUAGACGUGCAAUUGCAUAUCAUGGAAUCAGAAACGAAGCCGUCCCCUGAGCUGCAGCGCAUCGAAACGAAGAAAGCUGACCAGCUCGGCUCGGACGAAAUUGUAUCGCGUUCGUCUGCAUCGGAUUGGUUCACCCCCUUUGAAGAUCCAUGGUGUAGUAACCAUGCAUUAGAGGACAUGGGUACGUCAUUCACAGAUUUUCCAUACUUAGAAGAUAUUAUAUAGCACAACUUCACUAUUCAGGAGAUGGACUAAACUCAAUCUCCAGCACAUAGAGCCUCGACUCGGUUUCAGAUUGUCCGGUUCACGUCCCUCGACAAAUCCGGUGUACUUGACGUAGACAUUGUGAGCAAGGUUCACAGUGCAUUACGGCGUAGAUCUAGUAUCAUAAACCCCAAAAUGUAAAGACAGGGCCACAUUAUGUAAACCCGAGGGUGAUAGCGAAGUUGUGCUGUGUGGCGACCGAAAUCGGGCGAUGAAAUCGCACACCCUACUCCUGCAUGUACAUCGGACUCUUCCAGCAACUUGCUCUCUCGCUACCGUACUCGCAUCCCUCGAAUCCACGAGCUGGAUGCCUUGCCUUCACCGCAAGAAUACUCGUAAAUCCACUGUGGACACUGUAUUAUAGCACUGAUCGGGUCCUUUCAUGUUGUAGAAAUUGUGCAUGGUUCUCGGUUGAUAGCAAGCUCAAGAGCCUCCAGCAUCUUGGACGAAACAUGUCCUCGGCCGACGAAAUCUGGUCUUCGUCAUCCAGGUGACCGGAGAUAGAGUGAAGAAGGGCACCGAACGGCUGUCGUCCGUUUUCUGUGCGGUUUUCGGUUCAUGUAUAAAUAGUGUUCAUCCUCGUUGUUUGUGAUCCAUUCUUUGGAAUGUCGUUGUCCCCUCCUGUAUUUUAUGGUCAAGGUCACUGUUGUCCAGUCCGUGAGGGUCGUUUUGGACAUUUCAUUGGGGUACAUAAAGUAUUAAGUUCCAUUUGGCAGGCAGUAUUAUAUCAUAAUAAAAGUUCGUACGUGCGUGCUUUUUAUACCGGACAAAUGUAAAAUCUGUACCAUGUGCACAGAAAAAGUAUUCAAGAUAGUUAAUGUCAUUUGUUUAUUUGUUUGUUAUUUUGAUUUUUUAUGAAACAUUAGGAGGUAGACACUUUUAGUAUUAAAUUGGGUCCAAUAAAUACUUGAGAUGUGUUUACUUUGGAUGGUAGGUCAAAGUUUCACUUUAUAUUGUGCCCUUCCUCUUGUAAACAUAUUUGUUUUUCUCCAAUCCAAGUAUUUCUCAAAAUUUUAAAGUA